AUGGGCGACCACGUUCUCUUCUUCUACGGAACCUUAAUGGCGCCUCAAAUCUUGCACAGAGUAAUCCACGGCCAAGCCAACCCAGAACCCUGGCAAAAAGCCAUGCUCCGCUUCCAACCCGCCAUUCUACACGGGUACCGACGACAUCGCGUGCAGGGUGCCGAUUACCCUGGAAUCAUGGCAGUUUCAGAGACACAAUCUGAGACGGAGAAAUUAUCCGCGCCGAAACCCCAUUCUGGGACAUCAGUCAUGGGAACUCUUGUGUCGGGACUAACAGAUGGCGACGUUUACCGACUGGAUAAGUUUGAGGGCUCUGAGUAUGAGAAGAAACGGGUUACUGUGCGCAUACUUCGGGAAGCGCUGAAUGGUGAAAAUAAACAUGCUGGUGAGGGGGUUAGUGACGAGAGUCGGCUUCGCGAAAUGCUUGAUGCGACUAGUACCGAGGUUGCUGAUGAGGGGGAGGAGGUUUCAGCUGUGACUUAUGUGUAUACUGCUGGGAAGGAUAUGCUUGAGGAUGCGGAGUGGGACUUUGAGUCGUUUAAGAGGGAUAAGAUGGCGUGGUGGGUUGGGGCGGAUGAGAGUGAGUGGUAG